AUGAGCGAACCAGAGACCUCAUCAGAAGGCAUUCCAGCGCAGUCUGAUUUAACCUGUUCAUUCGAGAGGUCUGUACAAGCAGCUGAUUCCACCCUGAAGCAACUAGCAACGACCAAAGAAACCUUCAGCAAUUUUGAAGCAUUUUACAAAAAGUUUGUUGCCGAGUUAAACGAAGUGCACGAAGAACAUCAUCUUGAGCUUUAUAAUUGUCAAACGAAAAUUGACGACCUCUUGAAAGAAAAGGCAGUCAUCGAAGAGCAAUUCCGUAUUUCUAGGAAACAAACGAGAAAGUACAAAGAAGAGCUCGCGGCAGUAAAGAGAAAGCAAGCUGAAGCAGAAUGGGAAAACGAGAAAAAAGCUCGCGAAAUAUCGGCCUUAACAGUUACCAGUGAAAGACUUAAGACAGAGAAAAAGAACUUAGAGUUGGAAGUUGCUUCUUUGAUGAAGAAGCUAGGAAGCACUGGUCAACUAAGGUCACUGACUGCAGCCAAGGAAGAAGAAAAUAGCAUGUUAGAUGUUGUGAAACAAGAGGUGGAACAACUAGAAAGCAGUUACAGGGUUGCCAUGGAAGAAAAAGAAGCGCUUCAUGUUGAUAUUGUAUCUUUACAGAAACACAUGGCAGAAUUGCAAACAGAGUACAAGAACAAUGAAAAAGAAUUGCAGACACAAACACAAAACGCUAACGUAAAGGCUUACAAGGCUGAGAUGCAGCUUAAAAACAUCACCAGGCAGAAAGAAACGCUGGCAAGUCAGCUUGAAGAAUGUCAAAAGGAACUUAGAAAAGCCAAAGAUCGCUGCCUUGCUCUAGAACGACAAAAGGGUGAAUCCCAAGAAAUGGCCGAAAGUUACAAGGAUGAGAUUAAUGUCAAAAGAAGGCAAAUAGAAACACUGAAUGACUUGAACCAGACUCUUGAAAACAAGUUGGAUACCAUGACUAAAGAACUCUGCAUUCCAGAGGCGGCAAGCGAGCUGUUGGCUUCCCAGGACGAAUCACUCAUUCAAGAUCUCGAAUUGUCAGAAUCUAAAAUCCAAGAUCUUGAAAAGUCUUUACAGACAACAAGAAACGAAAAUCAGGACCUUGAACGGGACGUUAUCAUCAGUAGGAACAAGAUUACUGGCUUGGAAGAAUCAAACCAAAGGUUGCAGGAGGAAAUACGAGAAUUGGAGCGGCAUCUUAAAGUAGCUCGUGACAAUGCUUCAACACUAGAGACAGAGCUGUUCAAACAAACGAAUCGAUACUCUCAGCUUCAAGGGGAAUUGAAUCAACUUAGAGAACAAGAAAACGACUUGCAGUCUCAACUUAUCGAUUCUAACCAGCGAAACACUGAGAUGGAAAGACAUUUGGAACAAGCGCUUGAGGAGAACGAAGAAGUGAAGGAGAAUGCUUUACUCGCUGAUAGAAAAAUUGAUGACUUGAUAGAGUUGCUAAAACGAAGCGAAGACAGCAACAACCAACUUGAAGAAAAAAUAAGCGCUUUAAAAAACCAAAUGUCAAAAAUCGAAGGACAAAAUGAGAGUAAUAUAAAACAGAUAGCAAAGUUAAAGACGGAGGUUGACAAUGAAAGAGGAAAGAAGAAAAAAGUGGAGAAAGAACUACUUGUGGUGACGAGUCGAUUAGAUGAGGCUCAAAGAGGCAUGGAGAGAAUCAACCGAGAGAACGAGAUCAAGGAAAGAUUUUCAGGAGAGCUGAAAAAGGUGAAGAAAACUAAUGAAGAAAAGCUCCAGAAUUUGAACGAAAAGCUUGGAAAAUUGGAAGCAAAGCUUGAGGUAACGGAAGAAGAAAAACGAGAUCUGCACCAGGUGGCUUUGGAUUUACAAAACCGAAUCAAAGAACUAGAAGCUGAUAAUAACCUUUGUGUUCAGGAAAAAGAUCGCUUAGAUCUUGAUAUAGAACAGCUUUGUAAGAAAAUCAACGGUUUGCAGUCGAAUUUGAAUGUCUGUGAACACGAAAGGCAUGAAUUUGAGCACCAAGCGGCAUUGCUGCAGCAAAAAGUGAAAAAAUAUGAAGCUGAAUUAUCUGAGAUUAUGAAAAAUAACGCAGAUCUUGAAGCCAAGAUACAACAAGCUAUCUCUUCUACUUGUCAAAGCAAUGAUGAGAUAGCAGAAUUGAAGAGACAGGUCAAUGAAUACAAACGCGCGGCAGAUGAGAUCGGUAGGGAGGUGGCUAAAAAGGACAAGCAGUUAGAAAAGCUAAGGGAAAAGAUAAUGGCUGUCACUGCGUACUCAGAGACCGUUCAGGAUGAGUUGGGCCACACGAAAUCGUUGCUACAAACACGUGAUAAGGAGAAAAAUGAAUUAGAAGAACAUUUUCGUCUUAUAAAUAAUGAGGUAAAACGUGUUAAAGAUAUGGAAAGCGUAGCAACUAAACGGAAGGAACAGCUUGAGGGAGAAGUAGAAUGGCUAAGAGGAAAGCUGCAAGGCAUGGAAAAAGAUGUAGGUAAAAGUCGCGAUGCUAAAUUAAUGAAGCAACUGGAACACGAGCGAGCAAAGGUGAACGAGAAUCAAAAGGAAGUCGAUUCUUUAAAAUCAAAAAUUGAUUCAUUAGAGACAGAAGCGGAUGUGUCGAAGAAGGACGUCCACGCUGUCACCGAGGAUCUACAAGUGGCGGAAGAAACAAUUCUCAAUCUUAGCUGCAAUCUUGAGAGAUCUUUAGAGGAGAAAAAUGAAGAGACCCGCAGAUCAUAUCUUCUUGAAAAUAGCCUUAAAGAUAUGGAGAAGGAAUUGCAUUUAAGUCGGACAAUGAAAGAAGAUGCGGAAGAGGAAGUCUGCGCUGCGAAGAAGAAGAUAGCGCAGCUGGAAUCUAAAGUUGAUGCUUUGGAUAAAAGCAGGAGUCUUAUCAAAGACCAGCUAGAUGCUGUUAACGAUGACCUAAUGAACAAAAAAGAAGAAAUAAUGAGGUUACAAAGUAAAAUCACCGAACAAGUCAAGACAAAUGAAUACCUAAAUCACGUGAUCAGUAAGAAGGAUCACGUGAUUCAAGAGUCACGUGACAGGGUUUGGACUUGCGAGGCAGAUUUGGACGAAGUUCGCAGGAAGUUGAGAGAUAAUCAAGUCACUGCUGAAGGGCUUAAAGCUGAAAAUGUGGAGUACGAGAAACGCUUUCUCUUGUAUCAAGAAAAUAUUAGGAAAAUGGAAAGAGAUCUUUUCAAAGAACGUGAAGCGAAUGACACCUUGAAUCAUCAAAAAUCCGCUCAAACAUUGCAAGUAAAUAAUCUUCAAAAUGAAAUCAAUAGUUUGCGUAAGAAGAGAGAUCAUUAUAAGAAUGAGUAUGAAAAUGCACAGGGAAGCAUUCGUAGAGCAAAACAAGGACUUUUGACUGCAAAUCAUAGAAUACGCGAGAAAGAAGUGUCCUCCGUGAAGAAUUUAAUGGAAAUGAAAGAGAAGGAAAAUGCCAUUUCAAGGCUCAGAGAAAGCAAUAUAGCUUUAGAGACUGAGUUAAUUUGUGCGAAAACAGAUUUGGAGACUUUAAGAAGACAUUUUGAACAGAGUCAAGAAAAAAUGAAGGAGUUGSAGCAAAGUCUUGAGGAGGCUGGAGUAAUUACUUCACGAACUUUGAAGACGACGAUGAACACUGUUGAUAUUGAGGAGAAAGAUGACAUGGAUGGAGACUCGGGUGAUGUCUCUGCAAAAGGAAGUCGAACGCAAAGCGGAGAAAGGGUUAUAAAAGAAAAAAUAAAUGGAAACCAAAAGCAAGUAUCCGUGAAAGAUGAAAAAAUAUUAUCACUAAAUCGACGCAUUUUUGACAUGGAAAGUGAAUUACUUGAUUUAAAAAGAGAAAAAGAUAAAAUUGAAUCCAACGACGAGAAUCUCGAGAAAGAAAACAGGGAAUUGAAACGAGAAUUGUUGGAUGCUAAGGGAAAGAUGUCAGACCUUGAAGUUAAGCUAAAGUAUGAAUAUGAAGAGAAAGCACUAGCAGAAUCCCUGUUGAAUGAUUCUCGCAAGAGAACGAAUGAAAUGCAAGAAAAGCUGUUGAAACUGCAACAGCAGAUAGUAGAGAUACAACUGGUGAAUGAAAUAGUAAAUGAAAGUGAAAAAAUGGAGAGAAAGUACCCGGUAAAUCAAGGCAAGGCGGGAAAAUACGUUCAUGACAAAAAAGUAGAAAAGGUUGAUAAUGAGAACGUCUUGUUUCAGAAGGACUUGACAGAGCAUGAAGAAAGUAACGAUACAAAUAUAGAGAAAGAAAAAGAGCUUCUAAGUGAGACUCAUGCAAAAGUAUCAAAGUGGGAGUCACUUUAUGAGAUAACAAAGCAAAGAAAGUCAGAACUGGAGAAGGUAAUUACGAACUUACAAAACAAAUAUGAAUUAUUGAGAGGGUCGCAGAAGGAGACGUUGGGUGAGUUGGAGAGGGCAAAAGAAGAUGUAAAAACUAUGAGUAACAGGUGUGAUGAUUUGGAGCUACAACUCGAGAAGGCUGUCAAAUCGAAGGGAGGUUUGGAGAAACAGCUAGAGGAGCGUGAGAUGAAGUUAGGAAUACUGGAAGAUAGGGUUGGCGAGGCUUGUCUUAAAUUGGAAGAAGCUCAAAGGGAAUCUCAAAAACAAAGUAAAGAAAAAAUUCCAGCAGCUGAGGCAAUUGAGAGCUACGUGGAAACGUGUACAAGCCCUUUGUUGAAAAAUACUGAGAAAGCACCCGACAGAAACAGCGGAACUAUAGUCUUUGAAGAAAACUUACCAAAUAUCGAACGCCAAGAAGAAGGAAUAUUGAAAAAAGAGGAAAAACUCGCGAAAGAGAUAGAGGAACUGAGAGUAAACAACGAAGAACUUAAAAAAGAAAUUUACCAUUUACAAGCAAGAGAAACUCUUGGAAAAAUACAAAAAGCAUCGCAUAAAAAUGUGAUGCGGAAAUUGGGAGAGAAUGAAAGUCAUGAAGAAAAUGAAGAAAUGGAAUCACAAGAAAGUGAUUUAUCAUCCAUAAAGAUGGCUUACAACACAUUAAUAAACGACAUUCUUAAACUCAGUGAACAUUUACAGAAUUAUCAACUAAAUGUUUUUGAAUGGGAGGAUAAUCAUGAUCUGAUUGUAGUUGCUAAUGAGCGACUUUUGAGCUGUUUUUCAGCGCUUCAAGCUCUGUUCUCUGACCUCGAUGCAAGCUUUAAGGAACUGAAUGAGAGUAUAAGUGUUUCUGAUAGCAAUAGUGACAGGGUGCAUAAGUCCUUGGGAUCUAAUAAUGAAACUAUCGAAAAACAGAUGUCUGGAAAGGACAUCACAGAAAAUGGGAAUAAUGGGAAUUUAGAAAAUAAUCUAUCAGAUGAUAACGUUGCUAACUUAAGAGAUGAGAUCUACCGUUUAAAGAGAGACAACAUAAUGUUGAAAGAAUGUAACGAGAAAUUACUAAAAACUGUGAAAGAGCUAGAGAAGAAAGCUCACUUGAUCCAAGAAGAACCUCAAGAAACGGAGACGCUGUGCACAGUACCCACGGAGAAUGUAAUCCAGACUGAACAAGGAAUGGAACUUUAUGCGUUUCUAAGAGAUGAAGGACAAAGAGAGGUGUGUGGAACUUUUUCUUCUUAUGUUGGACCAAUAAGCCAUGCAGGUGACAGAUAUAGCAAGGCCGACGUCGUAUGCAGCAUCAGUAUAAAAGACGUGACAAGUAAAGAUGGUGUGACUGAGAAAUACGUGACUAGUAAAGAAGACGUGACCAAUAAGGAUGAUGUGACUAUCGAGGAAGACGUGACCAGUAAAGAUGAUGUGAUUUGCAAAGAAAACGUGACAAACAAAGCUGUCGUGACUAGCAAGGAAAAUGUCACCAACAAAGAUGAAGAAAGCAACAAAGAGGAUGAGGGCAACAAAGACGUUAUCAACAAAGACAACUUAUUUGGAGACCAGAAUGAUAGAGAGGGGAGGAUGCCUAAGGAUUCUUAUCUGUCCGAAAAAGAUAACGAAGUUGUAGGAGAGAAGGAAAAAUGGUUGGAGUUGGAGCUCACUUCCGCUAAACGAAAGAUCAAGGAACUAGAAUCGCUCUUACAAAGCUCCACUACGACACUUGAUGGACGUUCUGAAUUAGUAAGGAAUCACAAAAACUGGGAAAUUGGGAAAUCAAAAGAAGAAAUAAUAAUGAAUGAAAAUGAGAAUGUAAAUGAGAAAAGCUCAGAUAAAAAGGAUGUGAUUCACGAUGACUCAACUACAGCACAUUUGGAUGGAGAUUCUGAAUCAGUAAAGGAUGACAAAAAUGUGGGAAAUGGGAAAUCAAAAGAAGUAAUGAGAGUGAAUGAGAAUGUCGAAGAGAAAGAAAAUGGGAAACCGAAAAAAAAGAAAGUUGGUGAAAAUAAUGAAGAGGGAAGCUCGGGCAAAAAGGACGUGAUACAAGAACUACAAGAACAAAACCAGGAGCUCAUAAGCGAAGUAAAAAAUUAUAUGGAUUACAAGGAAAGGGUCGAUGCUCUGAUUCGUACCUUGAGGAAGCAGGUUGCUACGUUACAAAAGGAACUGGAAAAGUACAGAACUGAGAAUCUGUUUGACUUCAAGACUCGCAAAAAUGAAGAAUUUUUUCAGAGUCCAAUCCCAAAGGAAUUUUCAGUGCCUACGAGGAGAUUCUUUAGUGACAAUAAAGGAAAGUCUUCUCCGAGACUUCGUAACUUUCCAGUAAGAUAUGAUAGAACCGCUUCAUCCAUACCAUCAACAAACAGCAACAUAGGAGAUGUGAGGGCUAUGUCUACGCCGAAUCCAGAUCGUGAAAUGGAAUUUGAACAAGGCUUUUUGCCAGAAAUCAGCUCCUUGAAUCUGACUGAGGAUAUUUCUGACAAAGUAGAAGCAACAUUAGAAGCUUCAACGGCAGACGAAAAACAAGAUCUUUCUCUGAGGCAAAACGAUAGUGUUUCAGAGAACGUUUAUGGGAAUGAAAAAGAAGAUGAUGAAUCGAGUCUAGCCGGAAGUUGUCAUACGAAAAACAAUAAUUCUGUAAAACAUAUUGAACAAGAAAAGCAAGACGCAGUCGACGAAAAGCAACAUGAACAAGAUAAGAGCAUUGAAAAUGAAUUUCCCAGUAUUGGAAAUAAGGAAUCUCAGUUUGCACGACAACAAGCAUCCAGGUCACGUGACCAAGAGGUAUCUGGUCCUUCAGAUGGUAGGAACGAUUUUAGAUCGAGUGUUACUAGUAUACCUAACAGGAGUGCCGGGCUUGGAGUUGUACCUGCAUAUAUCGGCCAAAUAACUGGUCGAAGAUCUUACCGGGCAAACAAGUCUGCCUCUCGUACCUAUCCAUUCACGAGGAAAUAUGUUUGA